CAGAAUUUCACACAACACCUGUUAACCAAUCCAGCGAAUCCGCCAUUUUGUUUCUCGCAGUAUUCUUGUAGUUCAAGUUGAAGGACGCCGAAGCAGCAAGCGGUUAAAUCUAAAUGUUCUGUUGUUGGAUGUAUUAACCCACACCAGUCAUUACACCGUCCUCCUGGAUCAGAACCUCUUCGGAGUUCCUGGUUAAAUGUAUUUUUCAUGGAAACGUGUCGACAUCCGUGGAGAAAAUCCUCUUCGUUUGUGUGAAGGAGUGUUUCAGCAACCUCGGCCAGAAUGAAGGAGGAUUAGCCGAAAGACUCCGUCUGUCUGAGGGUCAGUUUCUUCUGUCUAUGGAAGCGACGGACAGAGCAAAGAGGUUAGCUGCAGAUAACGAAAUAUUUCCAGCUUGGGCCAAAGUUCUCCUGGUUCUGCUGGUUCUGCUGGUUCUUCUUGCUGUUUCUGGAGGCCUUUUAUUUCAUUUCAGACAUUAUUUCAUGUCAGUCUACAAGGUGGAGAUGGAUCCAGGAGUGGAGUCUGUUCUGCUGCCCUUUAAAACUACAGUCCGUCUACCUGAAGGAGUCAUAGUAACGUGGAGAAACAGCUCUGGUAGGAUGGUCUACAGUAAUUACAAGAUCUUGAACGAUUCCAGUGAAUCCUUGAGCUGGUCUGAAGAAGAAGAGCUUCAACACAGGCUGUAUAGAAACAGAACAAAGAUGAAGAUAAAACUAAAAUCUGGAGACUUCAGUUUGACCCUGAAGAACCCCACAGACAGAGACACAGACAUCUACACCUGCACCGUCUACAAGAGGAGCUCAGAUGAAAUCCUGACUAAGAAACAAGUGCUGCUCAAUGUCAAAGCUGGAGCUGACUCUUUUAUCAUAGCCAUAGACUUUGGUUCAGGAUACAGUGGCUACGCCUUCAAUGUCAGACCCAGAGAGGAAGGAGGUGGGACCCAGUUAAAGAGAUGGGGUGAAGAACUGGGACUGGACUCCCCAAAGACUCCAACCUGCUUCCUGUUGGAUAAACAUAAAAACUUCUGGAAGUUUGGUUAUGAAGCUAAAACAGCGUACAACAAGAUGAGAAGAGAAGAAGCUGAGAAACAUAGUUUAUUUGAAGACUUCAAGAGGAGAAUCAGAGUAAGUAAAGUAAAGAUCAGCAGAUCUUCUUCCUCCUUGGGUCCUGCUGUGACCUCUAUGAACUCACCUGUCUUCUCAGGUUGAAACUGUGUCUCCAUCUGAAUUAUCUGAGAUAGUUUAAAGCUGCUCUCUGCCUCCUUCACAGCUUUCCUCCUGUAGUCAUGGAAACAGGUUUUAACUCUGUGGGUCCCUAUAUAGCAAACCUAAUGAACACCUCUUUCAUUUCUUGCUGCACUCUGACUGGUUUUGAACUGGUUUCUGUACAACAGCUUUAAAAAGCUGAACUUUGACCUUUCUGUUCUUUCCAAAGCAGCUUUUUGCUCCUAGUUUUAGAGAAGAUCGUCUAUCUACAGCUGCAGUCUGAUGUUGUUUUCAGAUUUGUUCAACUUUUCAAAGAUCCAAAGUAGGUUUUCAGCUCAGCCUUGAAUUGAGGAGUUUUGGGUUUUAUUUUAGACAAUUUAUUGUUAUGAAUAUAAAAUGAACCCAUUAGAGUCAAAAUGUUUAAAAUAAAAGAAUGAGUUCUGGUCCAGUCUUUUAUAUCAUUAAAUAAUAACAUCCUAAUAUUAUAAUUUAAUAUUAAUGCCAUAAUUUAGUUGAAAUAACGUUUCAGUUUCAGUCCAGAAAAAGGAAACAUAAAUACGAUCAUAAAAAGAUGUGAAAUUGUUUCUGUUUUACAGAAAGAACAAGAUUCAUCCAAGUCAUUUCUAUAUGUUUAAUAAAUUGGUUUGUUGGAUAAAUUCAAUGAAUUAUUUUAAAGUGAACUUUCUUGACCUUGUUGGUGACUAAAUCCUUGUUAUUAUAAGUCCAGAUCAACGACCCGUUAAUAUUCAUAAAGUUAAUAUUCUAAUAAAACUGACAACGAGGAGUUAUUGGACAAUCAAUCAUAAACCUAAGAAAUUUAUUACAUUUUAUCCAAGAUAUUAAUGCCAUUAAUGAGAAUAUGUUUAUUCAGUGGUGUCUGUAUAUAUUGGGUCCAUUUCUGUUUUGUAGCAGCCUAACAGAACCAACUAGAACCACAUCAGAACCUGGACUGGAUUCUCUCUCAGAUACUAGAACAUCUAAAGUCCUCAAAAACUCAGUAGAUGUCAGAAGAUUUCAUUCACUAGUUGGAAACAUAAUUCAUAUUAUUUUGGAUCCAUUUCUCAUAAAAUAUUGAUUUAUUUUUGUUUUUCAUAUUUUAGUUUUUCCAAAUCGAACAUUAAUGUUGAUGUUUGUAGAUAAGAAGCCGACAUGAUGAAAAGUUAGACGACUGAACAGGAAUUUAGUCGACAUUAAAUCACAUUUAAGAAGAAAUUCAAUCCGUCCAAUUAGUUUAUUAAUAAGGUUUGGUUUUAAUCACCAUAAUCUGUUUGUCUCUAAUGAAAUGAUUGAUCCAGUUCAGCUUGAAGAUCAUAUCUGAUGUAUUGAAGUCUAACAUAUUUAAACCUCCUUGAUUAUAAAGAUUAUUUAGAUCAUAUCUGUUGAAAUAAUGAGAUUUAUUUUUCCAGACAAAGUCAUAAAGAGCAGAAUCCACUUUUUAUGAAGGAUUUAUGAACAUCUAUGAGUUUUUCAGGAUAAACUGAGUGAGAUAAUCUCUCUGUUUUAGAUCAAAUGAUUCUAGCUUUCAGCGACAGAUCUCUCAUGAUCCACGGAUCAAAUCUAGUUUUCAUUUUAGGAAUUAAAUGUUGAAAGUUAGAUAUGAUCCUCUCAGACUGAUCUCAACAAAUAUUAAUUCCCAAAUCAGUUUCUUCUUCUUUGACAGGAAGACCUUCAGUUUCUUUAUGGACACAACCUCUUUGAGAGGGAACAGGACACAUUUCUGAAUGUUUAAAGUAAGCCCAGAUCCUCCAGAGAAACAUUAAUACAGUCUAUAAUUUAUUUAUCUGAAACUCAUCUUUCAAGAAGAUAUCUGAAUGAUCUGCUGGUUGACAGCAUUUCAUUUCCUGACCUGAGACGGUGAUCCCUUCAAAUGAGUCCUUUUGGAUCUGCAGCAGUAACAUCUGCAUCACUCAUAAAAACAGGACUGGGGCAGCAGGAUCUCCCAGUUUAAUUCCCUGAGAAAUGGGAAAUCUCCCAGUGGUUCCCCACAGAAGUUUAACCAAACUGUUACAAUCGUUAUAAAAUGUUUUAAUGGCUUUUCUGAAGCAUUGACCAGAAUCUAGGAAGUCCAAAACAUCAAGUAAGAAUGUGUGGUUUACAGCAUCAAAGGCUUUAUAAAUGUCAAUAAACACAAUAUAGCUGCUGUCAGUGAUGUCAUCCUUAUAACCAAUCAGAUCCAGGAUCAGCCUAAUAUUGCUGCUUAUGGGUCUUCCUUGCAUCAAGCCUGAUUGACGGUCAUCUAGAACGGUCUCUAAACAGGACUUCAGUCUUUCUGCAGCAAUAUGAGAGCAAUGUUGCAUCAUUGUUAAUGAAUGUAACUGGCCUCCAGUUAUCAACCUGUACUGGAUCCUCAUCAGGUUCUGGUAUCAAUGUCAUGAAGUCCUGACACAUUGUUGGAGGCUUACAGGCUUCUAUGGCCUCCUUAGAAACAUCUAAUAAGAAGUCAGUGAUGUGGUCCUGAAACAUCUGAUCCAAUCCUCCAGGAAGGCCGUCAUUACCUGGGAUUUAUUGUUCUUCAGUUACUGAUUCAAUGUUUCACUUCUUCCAGGUUUAAUUCUUGAUCCCAGAACUCCUUUAGAUCUUUGUCAAUAAUUAGUUUUAUUUUUAAUUGUUGAGAGAAAGGGGAGGUUAUUACUGUCAGUUCUUUUAGAGCUUUUGGUUAAAUUCCUCAAUAAAGACAGAGAUUAGUUGAGUUUUCAGAUAUUUUAUAGUUGAUUUUAGGUUUAUGUAAAUGGUUGAUCAUUUCAUUUCAUUUUUCCAGAUGAUGAAAGUAUUUGUUGUUCCUUUCUCCGUUCUCCAUCCAUUUCCAUGGAGAGAGAACAUCAGCACCCUGAGCCAAACCCUGAUAAAUACGACCUAAUUCAGGUUGUAGUUCAGUAACUUAUUGAUAUCAGUCUGAGAAGCUCAUCGUCUUCAUGAACAACAAUUAUUUCUUUUACAACUUUAUUUUUCUCUUUUCUUUGGCUAAUUUCUUCCAUCUUUUAAUUGCAGCUUUUUAAAUUAGAAAUUCUGCAUAUUCCCAAUAUUUGCCAUAAAUAUUUUCUUCUACUGCAUUCCUCCAAUUACUGCUAAUAAUUUAUUUUAAAGAGUUUAUUAUUAAAAAGUAUAUUAUUUAAUAUGUUUUAUUGCCUGGUUUAUCAUGUGUAAGUAUAAAAGGAUUGUUUUAUGAUCAGUAAAUAUUAAUGUUUCUAUUUUAACGUCACUUUAAGUCAUUUGAGCCUAAAUCUAUUCUAGAAAUCUUAUGAAGAUCUUUUUAUUCCAAAUGGAUUUUUUUUGUCUCCAAAUAUCAGAACAAUUCAACAGCAAAUAUAAAUCAUGAAGUUCAGUCUGUGAAUCUGUGGAUUUUCUCUGUGGAAAAUCAUCUAUUUGAGGAUUAUUAAUGUGAUUUAAUCUCCUCCUAAAACUAGUUUUAUAUUCAAAAAGAUGUUUAAUAAAGUAUAAAUUUCCUCUUUAAAUUCCUUAAAAUAAUUCUGAUCAUUUGGCUUUUUUUGUAACCAUUUAUGUUCCCCAACACAGAAACAUGAUCCAUAAAUUCAGUGACUAAAAUAAUCCAUCUUCCAUAACUGAGCAACAUUUUUAAGUAUCUUUCCCUGAAAAGAGCCUCUUAAUAUGGCAACACCAGCUGAUUUAUUAUUCCUGUCAGACAUCCAGAUGUUUUCUCUCCACCGAGUUUUCUAAAAGCUAAAGUCUGAAGCCACAGCAUGUGUUUGUUGUAGAAAAUAAAAAGCUGCCUUUCUCUGUAGCUGAUCAUGAAUACUCCUUACAUUCAACCAAUAAAGUGAUCAAGACAGAAUGAUCAAUAGAUCAAUAAACUCACUUAAAGACUGAAGGUUGGUGAAUGUAGAAAAUGAUUUUCAUCACCUUGGGAAUGUGUCAGAAGCUCAGAGCAAACCAGGAAAUUGUCACUAAACCUGAAAUGAUAAAAAUGUUUCCUGCAUUUUAAUUGAACUCCUGAAAAACGGCAUAAAUCAGAGAUAAAGAAAAAGUGUCAGAAGACGAGGAAGUUCCUUAUUCCUCUGAUUUCCUUCCAUCAGUGAAGGUCCUGGCUCCAUGAAGAAGACUUUCUUCUCCUGUCUGCGUUCCUCAUCAAUAUGUGGCCAUAAUUUGUUGUUCAGCUCUUCAUCUUUGGUGGUUAGAUCUUCACCACAUUUUAACUUUCUGGUUCUGAGGAACUCGGAGCUCUUUGCAGAUUUCCAGACUAGAUCUUUGGUUGAUCUUGAGAUGAAUCUGAUCACUGGUGGAUUCUUGCUGCUUUCUUUCCUCCCAGUUCAGUGGCUCACAUCAAUGUAGAAACAUGGAUCUUCUCCAACGUCUGGAGCCAUGGCCGAGCAAAUUUCUAUCACUCGUUGCAUAACCUCCUUCGCUUUUUUAAACCAGUUAGUAAAGAUGGAACAGAACCAUCGUUCAUCUCUCCUUAUCAAAACGUUAGCCUUACUAACAACUGAUGAUUCCCUGCUGCUUACUGGGCUGAGGAUUUGGUGAAAGAGCAUAAAACAGAAAAUGUGUUCAUUACACUGGAAAUCAUUCAUAUUUAACAAUAAUGUCAAAUGAACAGUUAAACCUGAAAACAGUUUAUGAUCCUUUUCAAAUCCAGUCUCUACAGCAGCUUUGUAAAACAUGUAAUCUAUAUUAAAAUGUCAAAUAUGAACAAACAUCUGUUUGCAGCUCAGGGAACACUGAAGCACCAAGCUUGGUGAACACAUUUUAAUGUUCACAUCCGUAUAAUAAAUAUCCAUCAAUGGAUCCAUCAGAAAAACCUCCAUCUAAUCUAUUUAUUGUGAGGCAGCGACGGUCUGAGACAAAAUGAGGAUUUUAAACAGGUUUUAUCCAUAUGAGCUUCUGGACCAGGACUGAUCCUGUUGAGCUGCUGCAGUUUUUACAGCUUCUAGUUGUUGAUGUUUCAUCUCUGCUUACUGACCACAUCUUCAUGAACAUGAGAACUCAUGGAGGAUUUCUAUCUUCAUUCGUUUGUCUCAUUUCACAUUCAGUGUAGUUUGGAGAACAACUCCAAGAGCAAAGCUCAGGCAUCAGUAAUAACUUUGUGGAGGAAAAUAAUGUCCUCAUCAUCUCAUUGAAGCAUCAUGGUGAUGGGGACCUGUGCAGCUGGUAAGGUGUGGCUGCUGAUAAACUCUCCAGAUCAAGUCAAACAUGACCAAACCUCCACGUUUCCUUCACGUCUCUGGCAUCUAACUGACAAUGUCCUCUGGUUGGUGUUGGGAUAUAAUGUGCAGCAAAUGUUUUCAAGAAACAAACAUGAAGAAAUAAGAUUUAUUGCAACAUCAUGUUCUGGUCGGAGCUCUGAGGUCAACAUCUCAGCUGCUGCUGGAAGUCCCAGCCUCUAAAUGAGAAACAAGAGGUGGUCAUAAUGUUUUGGUCACUGCUUCUAUAUUUUAGGAUUUAUUUCCUGUCUUGGCAUUUCAGGCAUGAAGAAGCUGGUUGUCUACAUUUGCUCUACAGAAAGGAGACCUGGAGAUGGAUCUUAGUUGUUGAAUUGAUUUUAUUAAAUCAGGACUGCAUCUGGCAUCAAAACAGACAGGUCACAUCACUGAACU